AUCUGACUAGUGUUGUUGAAUGGCGACUAAUCGGAUGACUAGUGAUCAAAUCAAAUGUUUGAUCAAUAUUACUUGGACACGUAAAAUAAAAUGAGCGACGUUGAUAUUUCUAACGAAAGUAGUAAAAAUUUAUUGCAAAAUUCAUCAUGUCAUGAUGGUAUAUUAGCGAGAAUACGCAGAUUAAAGAUACAAGAAGAUUUGAUGAUUCAAAGUAUAAAAAAGAAAUUUGGUGAUGAUGAUAACGAUUUUAUAAAAUGUGAUUUUGAUUGUAAAAGGUAUAUAAAUAAGUUAAAGUCAUCUUUUGUGGAUAUAAAACAAUUGUAUGAUGAUCUAAAGUGCAUAACAAAAUCACAAGAUACCUUAAGGAAUUCAGAUAUCGAUGACGUCAAAAAACAUGUUUUAGAACUUGAUGAACAUAUCAAAACUUUCAAAAAAUUUCUGCAUAGAGAAUUGGCUACUUUGAAAACAAAUGAAGAAUAUUUACUGAAGCAAGUUUUACUUUUUCAGAUAAAUGCUGAUGAAAAUCAGACUAAUAAAGUAAUAAAGCUUACAAAAGUAACUAGCAAGACAUAUAGUGAUAUUAUACCGAGCCCCGUAAGAAAUAUAAUUAAUUCUCCAUUUAAAUAUCCAGAAGUUCAACAGUUCCAAGAUUUUUUAAGUCACACAAAUAAGUACGGAGGAUGGAACGAAUACAAUCAUAACAUUUUCAUCAAAAUAUGGCAAAAACAUUUUGCAAGCAAUGACGAUGCUGAAAACUUAUGCCAAACUGAUACAGACUUAUUCAUACAAGAUGUCUCGAUGAAUAUAUCUGGACUUACUCAACAAGAAAUAACAGCACAUUUACAUUGGUAUAUCAAAUAUUUAUCUCAUAAGAAACGACAACAACUGGCUAUUGAAGAAUGGAGAGCCAAAACAAGACCAAAAAAAGAUUAUAAUUGUAAUAAAAAGUCAUCAAGUUCACAAAAUGAAAUAGAAAAUGUGUCCGACAGAACACGCCGUUGGCAAAGCUCAGGCACAAGAACACAUAAAAAAUCCGGUGAAUUGCAUAAACAAGAUCACGAUAGUAAUACGAGCUUAAGGACUGAAGGAAGACCCAUUAAUAUGUCUUUAGUAGAUACUAAUGCGUUUUUGAACGAAAUGGAGAGAUCUCAUAAUUUAUUGGAUGAUAAAGUAGUUGAAUUUAGCUAUGCUAAAUCGACAGAGCAAUGGAGCAAUAGAUGUCAAAGCUCAGCAGACCCAAAACCGCAUUUAGUCGAUUUAGACAAUAUUUCUAAACGCGGUACACCGAACUGGCGUUUAAAAUUACUGUGAGUGAAUCAUGAUCGUUUCACUCUUCGUGCUUUUAGCAUUUAGGGAAUUUUAUGUUAUGGAAAUAAGUAGAUAAACGUGAGAAUAAAACAUUUAACAAUAAUUUGUGUUUGUUUGAAACUCCUUAAUGUUGAUCGAAGCUACAAAAUACAUUAAAUUAUUAUGUCGAUACGAUUACAUAC